AUGGCGGGAUUGACAAGCAGUCCUGUUGCGGAACAGCUUCUGCGCCUCCGCAGUGAAGCAUCAAACCCGGACUCGCCCCGCCACCUCUCUGAGCUGCUAUCAUCACAUUACGGUCCCUGGCCUAUCCGACAACUCGUUCUCGCUUUCCAAGACAUUUAUAAGGCUCUCCCAGAGGCAUUGAAGGUAUCAGAUGAUGACACAAUUGGUGCUCUUCGUGCCAAGGUAAAAGUCGCCACACCGGACAUCGGCGAGCUGCUCGGGACUGACUCUCGGGCCGGCUUCAUCGAUGCCAACACCGGAAGGAAUAUCACACAUAAUGCCCUUCGCCAAUUUGUGAAAGGCUUCAACCUGCCAGUUGGAUACUCUCGCCAUGGCAAGCCGCGUAUUGCGGUCAUUCUGCCCAACGGCCCGUUGAUGGCCGUCGCAGUGCUCGCCUUCGCCAGCCGGUACACCAUGGUGCCAAUGGCAUCCAACACAGUGCCAGAGCAACUCCACAUGGACAUUGAGCAAGUCCAGGCUGAUGCAGUCGUGGCCCUGGAUGCUGAUUUGGAAAAGCUGAAGCUCGAUGAUGGCAGCCGUCCUGUAUUUGGCAUUGAACACCUCGAAGACUUGACAUUCCGAGUGGUUUCUUCACGACAUGCCUCUCGCUCAUCCGAGAUCCCUCCCAACACUGGGGAUGACAUCGCCAUCAUUCUCUUUACCAGUGGUACUAGCGGAAACAAAAAGCUCGUUCCCAUCACGAGCUACAAUCUGAUCGCUGGUACCAUGGCCACUAUCGAGUCUGUCGAGCUUGCCGAGGACGAUACAUGUCUCAACAUGAUGCCGCUCAACCAUGUUGGUGGUAUCAUUCGCAUCCAAAGCCCCCAUAUGACCCCGACCUGGUACUAUGCCACACCCACCAUGCACCAGAUGAUCCUUGGCGAAGCCCAGCACCGACCGGACGCCAUCAAGCAGAGUGCCAUCAAGUUCAUUUGCAACGCUGGCGCCGGUCUUCCACCGUCGCUUGCCAUGCAACUCCGUGAUACUUUCCACUGUGUCAUUCUCCCCAGUUAUGGUAUGACCGAAUGCAUGCCGAUUGCUGCGCCGCCCAAGGACUACUCGCUCGAUCGCCACGGCACAUCUGGUCGGAUUGUCGGACCUGAUGUGGCCAUCCUCAGCGAGUCUGGCAAGCCUGUCCCGCGCUUCGAGAUGCUGGGACAUAUCUGUGUUCGUGGCUCGCCCGCCUUCGAGGGAUAUCUGACCCCCGAUGGCCGGAUCGACAAGAGUGCCUUCAAUGAGUCGGGCUGGUUUGACACCGGUGAUCUGGGCUAUCUGGAUGCGGACAACUACCUGUACAUCACGGGACGCAGCAAGGAAGUCAUCAACCGCGGCGGUGAAAUUAUUUCUCCAGUAGAAGUCGAAGAUGCCCUGCUCACCACCGCCAAGAACCCCGACUCCCCUAUCUACGGCCGUGUCAUCGAGACUCUGGCCUUCUCGGUCCCCGACGAGGUCUUGCAGGAGGUCGUCGGUGUCGUGAUUGUCACUCCCCCUGGAACCACCCGGCCGGAUAUCCGCCAGCUGCAUGAAGCCCUACAGCCGAUCAUCCACCAGCCCAAGUGGCCCGCCCUGGUGGUCUACAUGGAUCGCGUCCCCAAGUCCAACAACAAGAUCCAGCGUAUCAAGCUGGCUCAGCGUCUGUCCUUGGAGACCCUGACUCCCACUACACCGUUGGCCGAUCGUCAUUACGAGGCGAUCUGCCCGCCCAACGGCACGCCGCUCAGUGCUUCCAUCUCGAAGAACGCUUGCCAAAUCGAUGACAACAUUAUCCGCUCCACCGUGUCAGGCAUGACAAACAAGUCCCAGGUACAUGUCCAACGGAACCCCCGCGAUGGGUUCGCGCAAGCGGUGCUGUUCGAACAGAGACCUGAUGACUACCAACCGGCCCCCAGCGACCUCUACACCCAGCUGGACGGGUAUCUGAUUCCCAGUCGUAUCUUUGCUCUCAGGGAUUCCAUGCCCCUGGACUUCUACGGGAAGCCCGACCAGACUGCCAUUGACGAAGCUAUUAAGGCGCUCAACUCGGAUGGCGAUCUGACACCUACUCAGCGCUGCGUGCGGGAGACUUUCGCCGGUGCCUUGUCUUGUGCACCCGAGGAGAUCUCGUCGUCAACUGACUUUUUCGCCGUGGGCGGUGAUAGUCUCAGCGCGGGCCGUUUGGUAUCUCAGCUCCGUCGUGAAUUUGGCAUAUUCCUGGCUGGAGAUAUUCUCUUCCAUCACAGUUCUGUCGGCGAGGUGGAGCAUCAGAUCGAUGCAGCCCUGAAAGUGAAGGCUGCCAAGGGCGACGAGGGGGAGGUCGAGCUGCCUGGCUGCGAGAAGACAUAUAGCAGCACAAACCCCAUCGUGCUGUUUUUCCACCUGUUCCCGAUCACGUUCUUCUUCCCCAUGAAGCGGGCGUUCCAAUGGCUGAUCUUUGCGUACGUGAUGGCGGAAUGCUCGAUCCGAUUCCCCAUUCGUGAUGUGUUGAUCGGUCGCCUGGUCUUGAUUGUUCUGGCUGUCCUGUCGGCCCGUAUUAGUAGCCAUAUUGUGUCUCCGUUCUGCGGUAUCAUCUUCAAAUGGCUUGUGAUCGGUCGCUACAAGGAAGGCAUUUUCCCCAUGUGGGGCCCAUACCAUACGCGCUGGUGGUUGACCCAGAAAGCAUUGCAGGUGUGCGGAAAGGGUAUCUUUAACCACUACAACUGGUCUCGUGUGCUGUUCUAUCGACUUCUCGGUGCUAGGAUUGGCAAGAAUGUCUCUCUGCCCCCAUCCGCCAAGCUCGGUGAGUACGAUUUGAUCGAGAUUGGUGACGAUGUCAUCCUGGAUACUUGUCAAUGCCGCCCGUUCGCCGUGGAGCGCAACACGUCGAUGCUCCUGAAGCGCAUUCGGAUUGGAAAGAACUCGUCUGUUGGUCUGAAAUCCAUCGUCGCCCCCGGUGCCGACAUUCCGGAGAACACCUGCAUCGGGCCCAACUCGUCCAGCUGGGAGCUUCAGGACGCCGAUGAGUCAAACCGUGACUUGAUCACUUCGCGCAUCCCCAAGCCACACUGGAUCUGGAGCCUCCUUAUUGUCGAGCCCAUCCGAAUUCUGGUCUGGGUUGCUGCUCGUCUCACCUGGAUGGGUGGUCUGGUGCCGAUGGUCCGUCAAUUCCCCACUCCGUCCGCUGACAUGUUUUUCGCGACACUCGAGUGGUAUACCAGCGGUCAGCGAAUUGGUUUGCAUAUCGCUGCUCGUAUCUGCCGUGCGAUUGGCGGUCCGAUUGUCCUGUUCAUUUCUGUUCUGAUCAUCAAGACGCUUUUGGACAUCAUCUGUGGCAAGCCAAAGCCAGGUCCGGCUUCCAAGCAGACUACUCUUCAGAAGGUGCGAACGGCGGUCUUGGCCGAGAUUCUCCCCCAUGGAGAUAUCCACGAGCUCACCCGUCUGGUUGGUCGUCACUACGAACUUGUGUCGAUGGCCAUCCGUCUUCUAGGCGGCAAGGUCGGCAAGCGGAUUUACUGGCCCAGUGUCGGUCCUGCACUCCCCGAUUUUGAUCUGAUCGAGGUUGGCAACGAUGUCGUCUUUGGCUCUCGCUCGAGCAUCAUCACUUCGGAUGGCUAUGGUCGCGACCGUGUUGUGAUCGGUGAUGGAACUAUGGUAGGUGACCGUAUCGUCGCCCUCCCUGGUGUCACCAUCGGUCGCGAAGCCAUGAUCGGCUCUGGAGCUCUGCUUCGUCGCAAUGGCGAUUACCCAUCCAACACCAUCUGGACUGGUAGCAAGGGUGGUGAUGCGGUGCAAUUCCCAACUUCUUCUUCGAUCCCCACCUCGACCGCUCCCACUGUCGUCGGAAGCAGUAGUAGCAGCACCAACGCUGGCAGUGACGACGAGAAGCGUUUUGAAGAGAAAGACUUCGAGAAGAAGUCCCCCAUUGGCGACAAGAAUGCCAUGUUCUCCCAAGUCACGGAGAAGGAUACCUGCAAGCCUUUCGGUCGCGCGUUCUAUCGUCACGAGGCCAACUAUUAUGUUCUCCGCAUUUGGCAGAUCGUCAUCUACUCGGUUCUCUCUGUUGUGGUUGUUACGAUCUACUGGCUUCUCACUGUCGUGUUCUCCCUUCUGUCUCUCCGUGCUGCGAUGACUCACAGCGAUGCCAUCGGAUUUACGCAGGGUCCCUGGCGCCCUUUCGUUUUGUACGGUGUGCUCGCAUCCAUUCUAUCCGGAAUCAGCUGCGUUCAGUCAUUCAUCGCGCUUGGAGUCGUCAUUGGCGUCAAGUGGAUGGUCAUGGGCCGUCGCAAGGAAGGCCAAUUCCACUGGGACAAGAGCAGCUACAACCAGCGCUGGCAAUUUCUGCUUUCCUGCGAGACUAUCAUCAAGGACUGCUAUGGAGGUGCUGGUCUUCUGCCCAUGAUCACCGGCUCAGCCUACCUCAGCUGGUACUACCGCCUCCUUGGUGCCGACAUUGGAAAGGAUUGCGCGAUCCACGCCAACGGCACGCCCAACGUCUACUUCACUGAGCCUGACCUUCUCACCCUUGGUGAGCGCGUUGCGGUCGACGACUGCAGUUUGGUCUGCCACUUGAACUCCCGAGGCGAGUUCGAGCUGCACACCUUGAAGGUUGGCGACCGAAGUAUCAUGCGCGCUGGAUCGCGUCUGAUGUCCGGUGCUUCGAUGGGCCAGGAUGCCUGCCUCUUGGAACAUACUCUUGUUCUGUCCGGUGACCAUGUGGAGGAUGGGGAUACUCUUCAGGGCUGGCCCGCUGAAGGCUUUGAGGGCAAGCGAGUUUAG